AUGCAUAUUUUAUAAUAUUGGUUAGUUCUACAAAAGUAGUAGAGUGGAGAAUUUAUUUAUUAGUGAUUAAUAAAAGUACAUAAAAAAUGGUUUCUAAUAAUUUCUACUUGUGCCUAUUUUUAAUAUAUUUCAUUAAUUCAUACAGUGAUGCGUAUAGAAUACUUGUAAUUGCACCCUUUAAUUCAAAAAGUCAUACUAAUAUGAUGGAAAGUGUCGGUAAAGCUUUAGCAUUGAAGGAACAUCAAGUUGACGUUAUCUCACAUUUCGAAAUGAAAAAUCCGCCUAAAAAUUAUACGACAAUUAUGAAUUUGGAUGGUUCAUUGAAAAAAGUGGUAAAUACUUGGACAAUUAAAAUGGUAGAACAUUAUCGACAUGUUGAUAUAGUUGCGAAAAUAAUUGAAGAAUUUGGAAACAACUUUUGUGAAUUAAUGGCAUUGGAGAAAAUGCAGAGGUUUAUUAAAAAUCCACCAAAUGAUCCUCCAUACGAUUUGGUCAUUACAGAGGCCUUUGGAACAAAUUGCUUCUUUGGGUUUGGACACAUUUUGAAAGUUCCAGUUGUCAUGGUGUCAGCUUUAACAGAAUUUUUAUGGUAUAAUGAAAUACUUGGAAAUCCAAUGUCUAACGCUUACGCAGUUAACUUUGCGACAAAGAAUUCACGAGUUGUUACAUUUUGGGAUCGAGUGAAAAAUCAUUUUUGGGCUCAUUAUAAUAACUACCGAUUUUUCAAAUAUACAGAGGAUAAUCAAACCCUAGCCAUGAAAAAAUAUUUGAGUCAGGAUAUACCAAAUAUCAGAGAAAUUGAGAAGAAGACAUCUCUAAUUCUAGUCAAUGGCUAUCAGAGUUUCUUUGGCAUAAAACCUUUAACUCCCGCGGUGGUUCAAAUUGCUGGCAUUCAAAUUGAACUCAGUGAAACAAAAUUGACACCGGAGUUGAAAAUUUGGAUGGAUAAAAGUACUCAUGGAGUCGUGUUUUUCACUCUAGGAUCUAUGGUUAUUAUCGAAGAUUUGCCAAAAGAAAUUUUACUAGGACUCUAUGCGGCUUUUGAGAAAUUAGCACCAAUUCGAGUUCUCAUGAAAAUUGUUAAUAAAGAUAAACUUCCUGAAGGUUUGCCGAAAAAUGUGCUGACAAUGUCGUGGAUUCCUCAGAUUCCAGUUCUACGACAUAAAAAUACAAAAGUAUUUAUGACACAUGGCGGAUUAAAUAGUGCUCAAGAAGGUCUUUAUUUUGCUGUGCCAAUGAUUGGUUUUCCACUAUUUGGCGAUCAACCAUUAAACAUCCGAGUGCUUGCUGACAAAAAUGUCGCUUAUGAAAUGGAUUACAAAGAUAUUACCGAAAAAUCUUUGAAUAAAGCUCUUCGUGCAGUUCUUUACGAUUCCAAGUAUCGAGAAGCCGCAAAACGUGAAUCUCAACUUUUUCGAGAUCGACAUAUGAGUGCAACAGACACAGCAGUUUUUUGGAUCGAGUACGUUAUAAGAAACGGUGCAAAUUCAUUACGAUCACCAGCAAUGGACAUGCCUUGGUGGAAAGCAGAACUUGUCGAUGUAUACGCAUUUUUCUUUAUUUCCAUUCUUUUAAUAAGCUACAGCGUUUAUUUUGUAUUGAGAAAAAUUUCUAGUCUAAUUUGCAGUAUUUUAAAUUCCAGUUUUAAGAAUCACAGAAAAAAGGAUUAAAAUUUAUUUAUUUUAUUUUUAACGAUUUUUAGUUAGCAUCAUAAGAGGGUGAAAACGAUAACUGUUAGACCAUUUUUUUAUUGAUACACAUAUCAACACUCAGUUGGUUAGAGAAAUGAUAUUCUAUUUGACGGGAAAAAUUAAAUUAAACAUUAAAUUUGCUCAAAAUACAAUGUUAAUAUACGUAAGAGAUUAGAAACUUACAGUGGAAUCUAUAUUUUAUUUUAAUUCACCUAAGAAAUUGUUACAGUCAGUUUUUAAGCUGAUGUACCAUUUGUCGAUGCUUCGAUUGAAAAAAAUGCAAAAUAAAGUUGGUUAAGUUUUUGUUUAUUAACGUCAGUGAUGCAAAACUUUUAUAGGUUAAUUAUUUUUUGUAUAAACUAUAAACUUACAGUUAAAUAAGUAAAAUUGUUUCAUGCCAAUGUUCUAUUACAUUUUGAUUUGAAAAAUAAAUAUUUAUUAGAUUUUGUAAA